AUGUGCGGUGGUGGGGUAACUUUUGUGGCCAAUUAUUUACCACUUCCCCAUUCUUCUUCGUUCCGGCGCCACCCUUAUCUAUGGCGGCUUUCAUUAUGCUAUUCUUCGACUCAAUUUGUCCAAGAAUCGACUGAUGGGGACGUCGCAGAUGUAAGGAAUAGGCUCAACGUGGUGAACAUUCUCAAAGAGAGAGGCUUUCUCGAGUCCCUCACCAGCGAUUCUCUCAGGACCACCUGUUCUGACCCCAGCCUCCCUACCAUUAGGGUGUACCGUGGGUUCAACCCUACUUCUAAGAGUCUCCAUUUGGGUAACCUCCUUGGUAUAAUAGUCCUUUCUUGGUUCCUCCGAUGUGGGCAUAGGGUUGUCGCUCUUGUAGGUGGUGCCACAGGUCGUGUAGGAGAUCCCUCCGGCAAGAGCUUUGAGCGGCCUGAGCUUGACCUUCUCGCCCUGGACAGGAAUGUUUCGGGAUUUUGA